GCAUACAUGGGUGACCAUGCGUUGAUAAAGACGCUCACGGCGUGAUUACUUCACCGAUAGACCUCCCUGAAGGGUGCCAGGUUUUUCUUGCUGAUAGACAUACAAAUGAUAAUGAAUACCUUUUGUCUUUGUGUGGUGACCUUGUCUUCCUACUUACAUUGUGCAGUGUCCCUCGAUGCAGUUGGUUGUUAUGGCAACACGGCAAACGAUUUUAUAAUUCCCAGAUGUGAUUCUGACCAAGUUAUCGCCAUAGAUAACCUAUAUGCUAUAGCCAAGAAAGUAUCUUCCAGCUGUCCGCAAGAGUUCACAACCGGUGACGUUGCGAGCAGGCAGCUAUGUUGCUCCAAGAACAAUGAAGACUGUGUGAUGCCCUACACCGGCGACAGUGACUUCCACACGAUCUGUGUAGGGGUGUCCACUUGUAUCAAGAAGGUCGCUUGGCAGCCUACAACAUGCAGUGAGGCUGGAUAUCUGUCAUUGUCGAAUUACAUGCUGAUGAGUUAUCAGUGUAUGUCAAAAUCCGACAUCAUAUCGAUUCCGACUAAUGGAUCUAAAAGCGGAAAGACUGUUACGAUCCAGAAUGCGGGUUAUCCGACUUCAGGCAUAGAUCCAAACACAGACACUACAUGCAGCGUUACAGCGUCGUGCAACUCAUCCAUAGCUGUGACGUCACUUCAUCAGGAUUUUAUACAAGACGCCAGUGGCACGUGUACUCAAUACGUAGACAUCGUGGACGGUGACAAUGCCAACAGGUUGAGAAUAGAUUGUGCCAACAACACGAACUACCGUUCUGGUAUAUUGUACACCAGCAGAUCACAUUUCAUGACAGUCAACUUAAGAAGUAACUUACCUACUAACAGCGGGCGUCUAUGGAUGCACUUUCAAGCCACACACUAUCAAGCCAGCAUUGUAGUUCAAUGUGGGACGUCAGCAGUAACAGCAGCCCCGACUGUCCCAACGUGUCCGGAAACGACUACAAUUAGCACUACCACACCAUCUUCAAGAAAGCGGAGGAGGGGAAAGGAUGAUGACGAUGAGUCGGGUGGUGGUGGCUUGAGUCGCGGGGCAGCAGUCGGCCUCACCAUAGGUAUUGUGCUGCUCGUGCUCCUGUUGAUGAUACUAUUGUGUGUUUUCUGUAAGAAGAAGCAGAAGAAAAAUGAGAUGAAAGUAGCACAUAAAAUCGACGAUAUCCCUGAUUCUGACUUUGCUGCAGCCCUUGGUAUCACGGGAACAUAUACCAGCAGCAUAGCUCCUGCCACCUCGUUUAUGCCCACGAUGCCACGACGACUGACACCCAUUGGAGCUCCGGAGGAAGAACAUAAGCGGACACCUUGGAACACCGUCAGCUCAAUGACACCAACCCUGUCUGUUGUAAAACACAUGGCAUCAGCUGGUGGUAAAACAAAUGAGAGCAAGUCAACCCAACCUGACUCAACAAAGACUAGUGUGUUUGAAAUAUCGAGAGAGGUGAUGGCACAAAACGGAAAGGUGCUCUCUUACAGUGUCAAUCACAAUAUGGAAAAAUGGAAAGAGGCCAGUGGAGCGCACUGACAAUAACAAUCAAGUAUAAUAAUGGAGUUCAUGGGCUUUGAUUAAACUGUCCCUUGACAUUCACUUUUGACAUUCAUGAUAAAUCACAUUUGUUAAUGCCUUAUAUUAACGAUUCCUCAAAGAUAUUCCAGGAAUAUAUACUGUCACAAUUCAUAGCUAUGUAAUUAUGCACAUGCAUACAUCCCAAAUGGUGAUCUCAAUGCUAGAGUCGCAGUGGAUCCGUACAGCGGAUCUGUAUUCAGCCUUCUCGUGCCAUAUUAUGAAGGAGUAGAAAAAAAGUGAAACUCCUGAAUCUAAUCGGCUCCCUGAUAACGUUUUAGUUAUUAUACACUCAUAUCAUGAUCAUCACAUACAUUCAUAAUGUGUUUCAUACAAGUUCUACAGCAACACAAUGAUUUAGGAGGUAAGUCGGGGGUGAGAAAAGGUGUUCAUGAAAAUAUAAAAGAAAUCGGUCAAGAUGUAUUACGUUGAAUAGAAACAAGAAUACAUAACUGAAUCCAGUACAGUGCAAACGCUGUCGGAGAAUAAAUUUGUGAACAUGUUUGACCAGGUAUAGAUGAACAUAUGUAUUACCCACUAUGGGUGAACAGCAAAUAUACCAGUAAGAGGUAGAGUUGACACAGUUGGAUAGACUCGUAUGUGCUUACAGUGGAGUGAGGAAGGGUGUUAUGUUCACAAAGCGGGUGAAAAAAGGUAACAGCUCGUGUUGUUUCCGUACAUUCAAAUAUGCUCUUUCUAUGAAAAAUAGAAAAGUUGGUUGAUUAAGAUUACCUCUUCUACGGCCUUAAUAUUCGUAAUAUUCGUUAACUUUCGUAACGCCUUUUGGUAGACACAAUUCCGAGAUCUUAUGAAGCCUUUUAAGUUAUCCCUAUGAAACCACAUUCCCAGAACCACAUUCUGACCUACCUUAUGUACGUGGUUAAAGCGUUCGCCUGUGAUCACGAAGACCGAGAUUCAAUUGGCUGUGAUACAUUUGAAAACUCUUUCUGGCGCCCUCACUCCUAUCCUGGAUGGAUGCUGCAAAUUGCUAUGAAUCAUGACAUGGUCAUUUGUUAAAUGUUCGGCUACGAGGAAAUAUUGGUUUAAUGUUAGAGAUUAAGAUUUCUUAAUGGAAAGAGUCGCUUUAUUGAUUCAUGUCAAUAAGCAUUUGUGAAUCGCGUGAGCUUCACGGACACAAUGCAAAGCGGUCAACGGAUUACCAAGUCCCCCACAACCCCUUGAGAUACCUUCAAGGUAAGGGUUAGGAUGCAGUACACUAGCCAUAUAACUGAAAACAGUGAGCUUAAACACUCGGUACUCACGAAGCUAAGUUCAAACCCACAACCAGCCCGGAGUUCGGAUCCUGGUAUAUACAAGACACAUAACCCUGCUUUCUGUAUCUGAUGACCGUUUUAUACCAAUGUGGCAUAAUUGUAGAAUCAGAUUACAGGACUGUCAGAAAUAAUUUCUAAAUGCAAAGAAGGCUUUUUAACUUCACGUCCGUCUGAAAGACAUAAACCAGGGGACGACAGCAUGAAGAUGCAUCACACGAUUGAGGUAUGACGGCACACAUACAACCAACUACAACCGUACAUCCACGUUCACCUGGUCCCAAUUAUUCGGCUCUGGCGACAAAUAUGUAUUGUACGUGUGAAUGUAAAGCAAAUGAGCUUUAAAUGUUGGAAAUAAUUCGUGUUUAGCUAGUGUUGUAACAGUAACCUAAGCUUCCGGUACAGGUGCUCAUUUCAACUCGUAACCAACCAACCAACCAACCAACCAACCAACCAAUCAAUCAAUCAAUCAAUUAGAGGGGUUAGUGAUCGUUGCAUUGUAUGAAGUUUUGUUGCUGUUUUGAGUAUACGAACUGUAUCGUUGUAUAAAUCAUAUGUAACCGCAUGUGUUGUGUACGUUGUGUAUUAUUUUACCUAAGUGGAUUUUUAA